AACACUUAAACAAUGUUACUUUUGAUAUAAAUAGGUCUUUCCGAAUAUUAAUAAUCAUUCUAACAAAAAAAUUGUACCUUAAAAUCUUAAAAAUGUUUAAGUUUUCUGGGUUUGCUCUGAUUGCCCUGGUGGUACUGCAGAUAACUUACUCCAGUUCUUUCGCCAUUGACUCCACAGCUAAAGAUGGAAUAGUAAAUGUCCUGGAAGCCAUCAACAGCAUCGCCUUCAAAAUUGAAACCUACGGCGAUAACCUUUUCGCUGAGAGACUAAAGAAUGAAACUGGAAUCAAAGAAUGGUCCGCCACCCUCCAAACUGAGGCAGCAACUGAGGUGACAAAAUUAUUAUUUCGCGGAUAUGAAAUGGUAAAGGAGAUCCUACUGGCGGCAUCUCCUAGUGACUCGGAAACUAAAUUAUUAAACUGUAUAUCUGCCGAACAAGACAACAUUCUUGCCACCGUUGAUAGUGCGUUCACAAAUAAUGGGUGGUGCAACAACAGGUUGGCAGCUAAUUUAACACGUGGGCUUAAGUCCACAACUGCAGCUCUACUAGAAAUUAAUAGUGAAAUUAAAGAUGAUAUUGAAACUCUUAACAACUGCUCUGACUCAGAUGUUGAAUGUUUGGCUGCUUAUGCCAACCAAGCUGUGUCUCUGGUAAAAGAAAGUUAUGAGCAAGGUGAUUUGGGUACGGGUUUAAAGGAAGUUGUUGCUAUUUAUAAAAUUAUGUUUGGGGAAGAUAUACCUCGAUGCAAUAAGGAAGUACUUUUGCCACAGGUUCAGGAAGGACUAUCGGCAUCUAUUCAGAAUGUUCUUGAAUGCUCAACCACAUAGACCUGGAAAUAUAUAUUGUAAAAAGUUUUUAAAUAAAAAAAAUGUUUCUGUGAAAAAUUGGAAGCAAGUAUUUACCACA